AUGGACUUCGAAAGCCUAAAGAACCAGGUUAGCAAUUUAACGCUGUACGACCUCAAAGCUGGCGUCCGCAAAGUUCAAAAUGCUGUCAUGAACUUGACCGAGAUGGAGGCCAAGGUCCGAGAAGCUACAAAUGGAGAUCCAUGGGGGGCAUCUGCGAGUCUCAUGCAGGAAAUCGCCCAGGGCACACACAACUACCAACAACUCAACGAAAUCAUGCCAAUGAUCUACAAACGAUUCACAGACAAGACUGCGGAAGAGUGGAGGCAGAUAUACAAGGCCUUGCAACUCCUCGAGUUUCUCUGCAAAAACGGAUCGGAGCGAGUCAUCGACGAUGCCCGGUCGCACCUCUCCCUCCUCCGAAUGCUCCGCCAGUUCCAUUAUAUCGAUCAGAAUGGCAAAGACCAGGGCGUAAAUGUCCGAAACAGAUCUGCAGAAUUGGUAAAACUAUUGAGUGAUGUUGAUACCAUCAGAACAGAGCGGAAGAAAGCACGCGCAAACCGUAACAAAUACGGAGGAGUGGAAGGCGGAAUGGGGAUCGGUGGUAGCUUCUCCAGUGGUAGUCGAUAUGGCGGCUUUGGCAGCGAGACUGGUGGCUUUGGAGGUUACCAAGGCGAGGUCUACGGCGAUGGUGGAGGCUUCGGUGGUCGUGACACCGACUUUUCGGGCACUCAGCGACGUGGCGAACAGUUUGAGGAAUACGACGAGGCAGACGAUUUCGAGGCUCCACGACCGACAAGGAGCACCACUACACGAGUAACGGCACCGACAACCACCGCGAGACGAGAUCCGCCAAAGCCGAAAGAGCCUGAGCAAGAUCUCUUCGAUUUCGGUGACGAACAAACCGCGGCGAAGCAGUCGAACAGCAAGGCACCAGCAGCCCAGUCGAGCGGUCUGGAUGAUUUUGGUGGCUUGCAAAGCAGUACAGCCAACGAUGACGAUGAUUUUGAUGACUUUCAAUCGGCCACCAGCCCAGCGGCGACACAACCCGUAUCCAAUCCCUUAGCUGGUAUUGCCCCCCCUCCGACGACCUCGACUACGACGUCGGCCACGCAAUUUGCAGCUCCAAAGCCAGUAGCUCCUGGACAGGCUGCCGGUCUCAACAACAUUUUCACAACUGCGUCACCCGCGCCAUCGGCGACUUCUUCGAUAAUGACACCGACGUCGUCAACGUUUUCACCGCCGCCUGUGCAGAAACCUACUCAGCCUAUACAACCUGCUGCGUUCAGACCUUCUGGACCGAACUAUUUUACAUCCGUGCCCAUGUCGACAAAUUCGCAGCCGACUGCCACGUCGAGUGGAUCCACGCCUUUGGGCGGAGCCACCCCCUCAUAUACAUCCUCCACUUCUGCAGCAUCACUGGGUAAGCCCGUUUCCAAACCAGCGGCUGGCAAAGUUGGCGAUGCUUUUGGAGACCUCUGGAGUACCGCAAGCAGUAAAGCAGGGGUCAAGGGCACCACUGGGCCGCAGAAGGGACCAGAUCUAGCGAGCAUGGCUAAGGCAAAGAGCCAAGCAGGAAUAUGGGGAGCAGCAUCAGUAGCGAGCUCGACCACCGAAAGGCCUGGCGGCCUGGCUUCCAACCCUAACAAACCCACCACACCCUUGGGCAAUGGCCUGGAUGAUUUGCUUGGGUAG